AUGCUGGGCCCGCAGAUGGCUCUGGUGUCGAUGCUGGGCUACGCCUACCUGAUCUACGACCGGAGGAGCCAGGGGCAGAGCUACUCGGGCUAUGCCGCGGCGGCGGGCCUCUCGCUGGCCAUCAUGCCCUACACAAUCAUCCUCAUGAGCCCCACCAACAACGCACUGCUGGGCGUGGCCAGUGGGGCGACCAAGACGCUGAGCGAGUCGGCUGUCAGGGAGCUGCUCGUCAAGUGGAAGGGCCUCAACCUGGUUCGAUCCGUGAUUCCCUUCGUGGGGGCUGUUCUGGGGCUCUGGAGCCUUGUUGCGUAG